AUGCUCUUCCUCACUCUAUCGGCCAUUACCUCUAUAGUGACAACGGCAUUCGACGGCUCCUUUGGGGGCUCUCAGGUUAUUCAGGACAACGGUGACUCUUUCCUCACUGUCACCGUGAAGGUUGGGGAUAAGGUCAUUAAAGUGAUCCCCGACAGUGGCUCGUUCGACCUCUAUCUCAUUGACCAAGGGGCAUGCUCAGAAGGCCUGGGGCUGUGCCGUAUGGCAUACAACUCCAAAGAGUCUGGCACCCAUAAGUUCCCUGAUGGGGAUGUUAUUAAAGACGUGGUCUUCGGUAGUGGCACGGCUAGGUGUCGGCUGGGCUUCGACAAAGCGGAACUGGUUAAUGAAGAUGACGAAGUGAACGCAACGGCACACUCUAAGGGCUCGCCUAUGGAGGCCCCUUACGAUGCUUCCUUUGUCGGUAGGGGGUCACCUAAAGUCCUCUUCCCCCUAUGGCAGAUCUUUGCCCUCGAUGAGGGUCUCCUUAGGAUUUGGGGUGAUGGUAAGGGCUUCCAGGGUAUACUGGGUAUGGGGUAUAAGGCUGGGGAGGACGUCAGCCCUGACGAGGCUCUAAAGCAGUUGAAUGCUACAGAGGGCGUAUCAGCCGUCACUGGUGUCUCCACCCUAGCCCCAGGGGAGGGCGCUUCGGAAUUGUUCACGGACAAGUUCGCCAUAUGCCUCCCUAGAGGGUCUCGGGCUAAGAAGUUGGUCCUGCCUGAGCUGGUGGCCUCUCGUGGUCUUCGUAGUACUUCUAAGGCCGUCUCCUUGUCGACUGAUCACCCUACCAAGUUCGAGGACCUCACUACUGAUGAUAAGGGCAUGCUAUGGUGGGGGGCCUCCAUCCCCCGCAGUCGGAAGUUCCCGAUCAAUACCCCAGUCAUUGGUGUAAGGCAUUGGACCAUCGGCAUCAAGAGCGUCCAGGUAGUGGACUCUACCAAGGGAGGCGGCGGCAAGGUCCUGACCUCCUUCUGUGACCAGUCGCCCUGUGCGGCCCUAGUCGAUAGUGGGACAUCCCUCUUCGCGUUACCGGUGCCCAGGGUGAAGGAGAUCUUCAGGAGCCUCGGGGACCUCAAGUUGGACUGCUCUAAUGUACAAGACCUCCCUGAUAUACAGAUCGCUCUUGGGGACUCGAAGGAGCCGUUGGUGAUCACACCCGAGUCGUACGUGAUGAAGAUCCAAGCCCACGACUUGUCCCUAUACGAGUCAUUCGGCCAGAGUCUGAUGCUGGCCGGCGACCUCCAGCGUAUCAAGAGCUCUGCUAACCCCAACGUCACCCUAUGCCUGCCAGCGUUUAUGGCCUCCCCCGUGUCCCAAGGGACCGUGAAGGACUUCCCAUCGUACCUUCAGACGGAAGACCAUCUGACGGAGAUGAUGAUACUGGGCAUUCCUAUAUUCAGAGAGUACACUGUGCUGUUCGACAGGCAGUCUAGUGCUAUCGCCUUCGACAGGAACCCCGACGAUGGAAGUGGGUGCAGUAGUAGUACGACUGCAGGCCAGAGCUCCCUCAUCCACCAGGGCCAUGUUAGAAGUCGUAGUAGGAGGCCCCUCGCUAUACGAAGCAUGCCUGCUCCGGAGAACCUGAUAUUCCCCUCGGGUUUGGAUUCCCUCCGUAGGGUCGCCCCUCCGUCCAGUGGGGCUGUCAUUGGCUCGGAAAGGAUGCUCUAA